UUGUGUUGUUUCCCCUCUAACAUUUAAAACAUCAUGUGGCUUUUUCUACUUUAGAAAAACACACAGAGAAGAUAGUAAAGUGACAAGGAUAUGUAUAGUUUUCCAGCAGUCAUUUUAAAAUUUAGAUUUUCCUUUCCACUGAUGGGAUUGACACAUUACUAGGAAAUAGUUUUGAUUGAAUAAAAAAAAAAAAAAGAAGAAGUUAGACCUUUUGAAAACAUGCAGUACUUAUCGUGGACAGUUAUCAUUGCUAUGGCUCUGCAACUAGUUUCUCAUAUUCCUGUGAAUGCAACAAGCAAGAACUGUGACACUAUUUAUAAAGGAUUUGCUAACUGUCUGAUCAGCCUUGGAGAGAGUAUGGCUCAAAAUACCCACCAACCCAAAGUAAAGGAAGACUUGGAUGACACUGAAGAGCUUGAUUUUAUAUGCAAAUCUUGGGAUGAAUUUCAUAAGUGUGCCAGCAAUGUUCUGGCCCACUGCCCUGGAGAUACAGCUGCCAUAUGGGAGUCCUUGAGACAGGAGUCAAGGAAAAUCCAAUACCAGGGAAAUCUACAUGACCUCUGUACUUCAAGGAAUCAGCAACUAAAUACCAUGGGAGCCAGAGAUCCUGGUGAAACAAUCAAAGAAACGCUGCGUGGCCUGGCAUAUAUUUCAAAACACAGUGUAUUAUCAUUUGUUUUUGCCGGAAUGCUUCAGUGGAUUAUAGCUGAGCAGACAUAACAAAUAUUUAUGUUUUAAAAAAGUUAAAUGAUUAACUUCUUUCUACAGAUACAAACAUGUUCUUAUAUCACUUAUAAUCACAGAAAAUAUA